AUGCACAAAAAGCCGUGGGACUUUACGACGCUGCCUGCUUUACCUUACCGUCUGCAAGCUGUCCGCUCCGAGUUCGAUGAUUGCAAUGACCUGAUCCAUCUAUCCCACUCAAGAGACGUGCGUGGAAUGGCAGCCGACCACGACCUAAACCGCCGACCCUCUGUUACCGCGCGGGUUGCUGCUUUGCAGGGCGGUGACAAUGCCCCAAACCGACGAUACUUCCCGCUUCAGCUCCAUGACGGGCUCUAG